AUGAAUCAUACCAACGAUCACUGUGGUCCCAACAUCAUUUUUUUUGUUAAAUUUGAAAAAGUCACAGUUCCCGUUUUUGUACAGAUUAAGUUAUGCUAUUCCCUUCACACAAUUGCAGGGGCCCUUAGUACAAUUCAUCCAGAAAUGUUUUAUCAGGACAAGAAUGGAGUAAUUCUUGAUGAGAAAUCAAAUAAACCUAUCAUUAAUAAGAUAAAACAAAGAUGUGAGAAAUGUGAUGGUUCAAUUGGCUUAUUAAUUGCUUACCCAGCUGAUUUCUGUCAGGGAUCAUUUGUUACAAACAAUCAUUCGUAUGAUCUAAGAAACCGCUCAAAACAGAAACAAUUAAUCGGAAUUAUUAAUUACAAGGAUGCAUCAAAAAUUUUUCAAGGGGAUCAUCUAAAAUUUUUAGAUGCGCUUAAAGACAUCAUGAAGAAAGAGUAG